AAAUGAACUGAUCAUGUGGUUCAUAUACUCCUGUUUAUUGAUACUAUUGUUUGAAUUUCAAGUUUCAUUUGCAGCAAUCCCAGUUGAUUCAUCUUCGUAUGCUAUAGGAAGAAGAAGAUAUUACAUCGGACUGGAUAAGGUCCCAUGCAAUCAAGCAGUUGAAAUAUGUCGGAGAAAGUCAAUGAGACUUGCUAGCAUACGAAAUGAAAGAGAGAAUAAUGAUGUGUACAGAUUUCUCUCGCAACAGAAUUACAACGGUGGGGCCUUCAUUUCGGCAAAAAUAUUGAGUUAUGGAAACGCAUGGUCUUGGUUGGAUGGAACACUUGUCAAUUAUUUCAAUUGGAAUUCAGGAGAACCCAAUGGUUACGAUGAGACGGAAAGAUGCGUUCAAGUAUUCAUUAAAAAAAAUACCUUGGUAUGGGACGAUCAUUCCACAAUUGUGGCGAAUUCCUAUAUCUGUGAAUCGAUGACUGAUGACGAUAAUAUACAAAUUGAUAACGGAAUUGGAAAGAAGUAUUAUCUUGGUAAUGAGAAGGUGACAUACUUUGGAGCCAUUCAGUAUUGUGAGGAUAUGUAUAUGACGCUUGCUUCAGUGAGAAAUGCUGAAGAAAAUUCCGCUCUGCAUCAUUUGAUACUGACAAAAGGGAUAAAAGGACAUCGUUCUUGGAUUUCGGCAAAUCAGAGAGUUGGCUCAACCAACUGGCUGUGGCUCAAUGGGAGUGAUGUUGAAUAUUUCAACUGGGAUCAAGGAAAACCGUCUAACGAAGGUCUGGGAGAGAACUGCAUAACCGUUUCGGAGAAAGAGCAACAAGCAAAAUGGGUAGAUGCCCCUUGCGAUGAGAAGAAUUAUGCUGUCUGCGAAAAACUCGAUUCAAAGAAGCCGGAUUCCCAGAGAAAUAUAUUCCUUGACGUAAAAACGAGUGACCUUUCAUUGAAACUGAAUAUUGAUAGAAAGUGAAAGAUAGCGAUAUCAUUACCAAAGAGCCUGUGCUAAAUAGCAUUUGAAUAAAUAUAAUUUUUAUCUUCGAACUUGAUAUGAUUCUGAUUUUUAGUCACGAAUAAAGAAAUAGUGUUGCUGUAUUUU